GAUCGUUGCGAUUUUCUAACCGUCUUCUCCCAUUCGUUCGAUCAAUCCGAUCGUUGCAGCUUUUUAGUCGUUUUCUCUCAUUCUUUCAGUUAAUCCGAUCGUUGCGGUUUUCUAACCGUUUUAUCUUAUUCGUUCGGUUAAUCCAAUCGUUGUGACUUUUUAGUCGUUUUAUCUCAUUCGUUCGGUUAAUCCGAUCAUUGCGACUUUUUAGUCGUUUUCUCUCAUUCGUUCGGUUAAUCUGAUCGUUAUGGUUUUCUAACCGUCUUCUCUCAUUCGUUCGGCCAAUCCGAUCGUUGCGGCUUUUUAGUCGUUUUCUCUCAUUCGUUCGGUCAAUCCGAUCGUUGCAGCUUUUUAGUCGUUUUAUCUCAUUCGUUCGAUCAAUCCGAUCAUUGCGACUUUUUAGUCGUUUUGUCUCAUUUGUUCGAUCAAUCCGAUCGUUGCGACUCUUUAGUCGUUUUAUCUCAUUUGUUCGAUUAAUCCGAUCGUUGCGGGUUUUUAACCGUUUUAUCUCAUUCGUUCUGUCAAUCCGAUCGUUGCGGCUUUUUAGUCGUUUUAUCUCAUUCGUUUGGUUAAUCCGAUCGUUAUUCGUUCGAUGAAUGCCAAGAAACCGUCCGACUCCAUCAGCUUUUUGUGGCUAACCUGUAGCCGCCGUGUCCGCAGCUGGAAUUGGCUAUGGGCCUGCCUCCGCACUCUGAUCUCUGUCCUCUACAAUCUGCAACCACCACUCACCACCACACCACAGCAGCCAACAGCCAACAACCACCGUGAUUAUCCACCCUUCGGUCAUCUUUGUCAACUAAUCUACAUCGAAAUCCAUCACAAUCCACAGCUUACCUUUCCUCGGCCACAAAACAGGACAUAGCACAGCAGUAUAGAACAGUGAAAAGGAAUUCAAGCUUAGAAGAAGAAUUUUAACGGAGUUGGUGGGCAUCGUUUGUAAGAAUGGGAACUCCUCUGGAUUUCUUGAACUACCUUAAUCACGACGUGUCACUAAAGAUUAUGACAUUUUUGGAUGAUCUAUCUGAUAUUGUUCAUGCCUCUUCUGUCUCCCGUGAUUGGAAACUGCUCUACAGCAAAAUCCAUCACAAUGAAUUGGAAACUGCUUC